GGUCAGUGUGAACGUGGCAAACGGCUUCGGAGUCACGCCGUUGCAUAUGGCCGCUAAUCAGGGCUAUACUGAGCUCGUUGGACUCCUUCUGGAGCAUGGGGCUAAUGUAUCCGCUGUUGAUAGCAGGGGCUGGACAGCACUGGAUGUGGCAUCGUAUAGUGGGCACAUUGGAAUCGUGAAACUGUUGAUUGAUCAGGGUGCUGAUUUGUCUACGACGGAUGAGAAUGGUUCUACGCCACUGCAUUCCGCCGCCGAGAAUGGGCAGCUUGAGGUUGUGAAAUUUCUGGUGGAUCGAGGUGCGGAUGUGAACGCUGUUGAUAAUGAUGGAAGCCCGCCUCUUCGAUGUGCCUCGGAGAAUGGUCAUGGCCAUGUUGUUCGGUUUUUAAUUGAGAAGGGUGCCUGAUGACUGCUCAUUUUGUGGAUGACGGAGCUGAUCCUGUAAUGAUUAUGCGGGUUUCUUUGGCCAAGCGCUUCCAUUACCC